AUGUCAGACAGUCCCACCAUUUACCCCUCGCCGAUGGCAGCGAACCAGACAGGUGUUGACAACCACAAGAAAUUCGAGUCCCACCACAUCCUCGAAGCGUUACGGGACCCCAAGUGCUGGUGCGUCUGGGCCUGCGGGAUCGGCUACGCGGUCGCGAACGCAGGCAUCACCAACUUCAACCCUCUCAUCAUCGAAGGCUACGGCUUCAGCCAGACCAAGACUGUCCUCAUGGCCACGCCCCAGGCGGCGGUGGCCAUGGUCGCGGGCGCCACGCUGACUGCCAUCUCGCACUUCGUCCAGAAUCUGCGGUGCCUGUUCUGGAUUGUCUCGGCGCUCAUCGGCCUCGCUGGUGCCGUCAUGGUGCACACGCUCGACAUUGAUGAGCGGCGCGACGCCUCUUUAGCCGGGGUGUAUAUCAUGGGGUUCUACAAUGUUCCCUGGGUCUUUAUGCUCAGUCUCAACUCGUCCAAUACUGCUGGUACCACGAAGAAAAGCUUCACGGGUAUCACGGUUGCGGUGUGCUAUGCCGUUGGAAACAUCAUUGGCCCGCUUUUCUUCCUCACGAGCCAGGCGCCGCGGUAUUCACUUGGUAUAGGGUCAAUGAUGUUCGCUUUCGCCCUCAUGGCCUCGUCAGGAGUAGCGUAUUACCUGAUACGACAGCGCAAAGUGACACCAAAGGCGAGCCCGCGCGCAUCCUCUACCCCGGCUUCCCGCCGCCGCGGCCACCGCGACAUGUACGGCGCCAUCCUGCGGCCCGAGGCGGAGCUGGUCCGGUCGGGCGAGGCCCACGCGGGCGUGCUGUUCUGCCACAACAACGGGUACUCGUCCAUGUGCGGCCACGCCACCAUCGCCCUGGGUCGCUUCCUCGUCGACACCCACGACGACGCCGUCUUCCCCGCCCGCGCGAUGUUGGGCUUUGACGCCUCGAAAUGA